AUGAAUAAAAGAGAUUUCGGGUCGUUCCAUGCUUCAAAUGUUCAAGAGCUGUUAUCUUUAUCAGAGGAACAAUACCAAGCACCUUUACUUCCCGUUGACAGCGGAUUGUCCAAACUUGUCACUGGAGAUGAUUUUGAUUUUGGCGAAGUUGCGAGAAGAAAGUAUUUUUUAAUUGAGGAGGAUUGUACAUUUUUAAAUCAUGGUGCAUUUGGUGGUGUAUUGAAACCGGCUCUCGAAUAUGCACAGAAAUGGCAAUGCUAUGCAGAAAAACAACCAUUGAGGUUUUAUGAUAGAGAGUUGUUACCAUUACUUGCUGAUGUCACAAGGAAUCUAGCUAAAUUUAUAAACUGUGAUGCAACUGAUUUAGUAUUGAUAUCAAAUGCCACAACUGCUUUAAACUCUAUCAUUCGUAGUUUUAAAUUUGAUCCUGGGGAUGUUAUUCUUAUGCUGAAUGUAACUUAUGGAGCAGUAAAGAAACUAAUUAAACAAGUUUGUCUGGAAACUGGAGCUAUUGUAAAGGAAAUAGAAGUUAAAUUUCCGAUAGAAGGAAAUGAACAGAUAAUAAGUCAUACGGAACAAGUAUUACUGGGAGAAAAGAUUACACUGGCCGUAUUUGAUCACAUUCCCAGUAAUACACCCUUUAUUUUACCAAUACCAGAACUUGUACAUCUUUGUCAUGAAAGAAAUGUUCCCGUGUUAGUGGACGGUGCUCAUGUUUUUGGUAAUAUUCCACUUGAUAUCAAAGCAAUAAAUGCAGACUUUUAUGUUUCCAAUUGUCAUAAAUGGUUUUGUUGUCCAAAGGGUGCCGCUUUUCUAUAUGUAAGAACUGAAUACCAAGCUACUAUUAGACCUUUGGUUAUAUCACAUGGAUUUGGGUCUGGUUUUAAUUCAGAAUUUAUUUGGACAGGUUUACAUGACUACAGUGCUUAUUUAUCAUUGUACACAGUACUAGAGUUCUGGCAGAGAAUCGGACUACAUGAUAUUCUUCAACAUAAUCACUGUUUAGCUGUUGAUGCAGGUAAAUUAUUAGUCCAAUCUUGGAAAACACAACUUAUGGCACCGGAAAAUAUGUUUGGAUCAAUGGUUCUAGUUGAAUUACCAGCCCAGAGAGACAGAGAUAAAAUAACAUAUGAUGAUGCUGAAGCCAUACAAAAUACUCUUUACCACAAUUAUAAUAUCGAGGUACCAAUAAAGGUGGUGGGUAAAAGAUUAUGUGUCCGUAUUUCAGCACACAUUUAUAACCGAAUAGAGGAGUAUGAAAAACUAGCUAAAGCUAUUCUUGAAAUAUGUGACUCGUCAAGUUAA